UCGGCUCCAAGUUUCACCACGGAAGCUGAGUUGAGAAAUGUUGCGAUAGACAAGAGUUUCAAAGUAUGAUCGUUUAUAAUCGGAAAGCUAAGGGUUUCGAACGAAGAGGUACAUUUGAACAACAUCUGAUUAAACUGGUGGAAAUCACGGAGGGGUAAAUAUGAUGCAUAACUGAUAGGCCACAGAUGACAACAGUGCUGGUAUGGUUGGUUGCCCCAGAUAAGAUCCCACUAUGAAGUGUCUGCUGAUAGCCAGCGAGAGCGCGGAGGUCCUCUUCUAUUGGACAGACCCAGAGUUUGAACUCAACAUCCAGGAGCAGUAUGGCGCGUCACAGGAAGAGGGGGAGAAGCCACCAGCAUUUGAGGACAGCAUCAACACUCUGUUUGCCCCCAUCAUCAUCUCCUGCAGUACCAUGGUGGACAGACUGGGAGACAGCUAUACAUCCUUUAGUACUGAGAACAACCACACCUAUGUGCUACAUCAGUUUGAGGAGUGUCUGUACAUCGCUGUGAACGGAGACAGAGAAGAGGGCGAGGAGGAUCUGAAGAGGAAGAUUUACGUGAUGAAGAAGAUGAUUGAGGUCCUCUUCGGCAUGGUUACCCUCAGCAGCACCCUGAUCAGGAAAGAGCUGCGUCCUCAGGACACAGAGCAGAGGACCAAUCUAUGGAAAUAUCUACAGAACCUCCUGGAGACCUACAGCCGCCUCCAAGAGCAGGACCAGAGCUUUUUAGUAGAGGCAGUAGAGAGGUUGAUCCAUCCUACUCUAUGUGAACAGUGUAUAGAGUUUCUGGAGCGUCGCUUGGUGCAGCAGAUCAACAGUAGUGUGGAGAGAGCAGGAGAGGAGGUCCUCCAUGCAUUCAUACUGGUGCACACCAAACUACUAGCCUUCUAUUCCAGUCGUAACGCUAGUACCCUCACCUCGUCUGACCUGCUGGCUCUUAUCAUCAUGGUGCAGAACAUGUAUCCUAGCAACAUCGACCUGGAGGAUACUGCCCCCGAGGAUGUGGAGAACACUUCAGCCCCAGAUAUAUUCUACACUCCAGAGCCUUCCCCUACUAAUAGGGACUCUGGGACUGACAGGGACUCUGUUAAUUCAGGCAGGCAUGAGGAGAGCAGGCAUGAGAGCAGGCAUGAGGAGAGCUGGCAUGAGGAGAGCUGUCAUGAAGAGAGCUGUCAUGAAGAGAGCUGUCAUGAAGAGAGCUGUCAUGUGGGGAGCGGUACUCCUGUGUUCCAGUUUUUGGAUCCAGACAUUCAGAUGGCAGAGGACAGCCUCCAGACCCUGGAAGCUCCUCCCCCUGACCCCUCAAACCCUAGCAGAGUCUUCCUAGAGGUCAUGCUGAAGGAGGGCUGCUAUCCCAUGAUGCCUCACUCCAUGUACUGUCUGCCACUCUGGCCGGGCAUCACUCUGGUGCUGCUCACUAAGAUACCUAACAGUAACCUGGCCAUGUCAGUCUAUGUGUUCCUGGAGGCAUUUGCUAAGUUGGAGAAGCGUCUGAGUGAAGGUCUGGAGGGGUCAGCGGCCCGCGGCCAGACGUCCAUACAGGACCUCCGCAACAAACUGGACAAGUUCAUUAGGGCAUUGGGAACCUCAGACAUACAGACGUCCCAGCUACAGAGUGUGUGGACAGAGUUUAAGAGCCGGGCAUUCACCAGAGGAGGACCUGGCUUCAGCAAGGACCUGGUCCCCUGGUGUCGUACUAUGAAGAGCCAGCUGUGUGGAGUCUACCGACAAUGUUUCAUCACAGAGAACACAGUUGGAGGAGGGAAUCCACAGCGUCUAUCACCCAGUCUACAGGACAGAGCUCUCACCAUGGUGCAGGAGAAGUUGAUGGAUUGGAAAGACUUCCUGUUGGUGAAGAGUAAGAGAAACAUCACCAUGGUGUCGUACCUUGAGGAGUUCCCGGGCCUGAUCCAUUUCAUCUACGUCGACCGCACCGCUGGUCAGAUGAUCGCUCCAUCUCUCAACAUCACGGACCGCGCAACCUCUGAGCUAGGAAAGGGGCCACUGGCUCACUUCAUAAAGGGCAAGGUAUGGGGCCUGGUUAAUACAUCGAGGAUUUACCUACAGAAGGGUUAUUCCACUGUCACUCUGAGAGAUGGAGACUACUUCUUCUGCUACUUCCUCUGGUUCGAAAACGAAACGGGCUACAAGCUGGAAGUAAAGGACCUGCCAAUCCUGCCCAAUGACUCCGCCCCCAUCGGAAUGCUGGCCUGGGACUACUACAGGAAGCUGUUGCGCUAUUAUAGUAAGAGCCACCAGGGGGAGGUGGUGAAGUGUUAUGAGCUGCUGACAGUCCAUCUAGGAGUCAUCCCAACAGAGUACAUACUACAACACUGUAGUCAAUUAGCACGCAAACUCUGGGAGCCCUCACGUAUACCCCUACUGUAGGAGACACACACACACAUAGAUCACUGAUUGUACAAAACAUUAUGUACACCUGCUCUUUCUAUGACAUUAACUGACCAGGUGAAAGGUAUAUCUUAUUGAUGUCACUUGUUCAAUCCACUUCAAUCAGUGCAGAUAAAGGAGAGGAGACAGGUUAAAGAAUCAUUUUUAAGCGUUGAGACAAUUGAGACAUUGGUUGUGUAUGUGUGCCAUUCAGAUAGUGAAUGGGCAAGACAAAAAGUGCCUUUGAACAGGGUAUGUCAGUAGGUAGGUGCCAGGGCCACUGGUUUGUGUCAAGAACUGCAACGCUGCUGGGUUUUUCACACUCAACAGUUUCCUGUGUGUAUCAAGAAUGGUCCACCACCCAAAGGACAUCCAGCCAACUUGACACAACAGUGAGAAGCAUUGGAGUCAAAAUGGGCCAGCAUCCCUGUGGAACGCUUUCAACACCUUGUAGAGUCCAUUCCCCCGACGAAUUAAGGCUGUUCUGAGGGGAAAGAGGAGGGGGAUUCAACUCAAUAUUAGGAAGGUGUUCUUAAUGUUUUGUACAUUCAGUGUAUACACACACCAUUACCACGGUAAUACACACACAAACACCAGGGAAGGCUGGUGGGAGGUGCUAUGGCUGAUGAUUGCAAUGGCUAAAAGGGAAUAAAUGGAAACCACAUGUUGGUGACUCCGAUCCAUUAAUUCCAUUCCAGAUAUUACAAUGAGCCUGUCCUCCUAUAGCUCCUCCCACCAGCCUCCACUGACACACACACACACAUCCGUGACCAUGAAACAUGGUGCUACACAUUCAACCCUGCUGAAACGUGUGGGCAUCAGUGCCAAUAAAGGAUGUUUACAGGUGACAGUUUGUCCAACAAUAACAGUGUGUAUUCUAUUUUCCAAAUCAUCCUGUUCUAUGAUCUGCAAGUCACUGGAAUGACAUAGCCAAGUGAUUGAUCUUUAGCACUGAUAAAUACUGUUUGACUAGCACUUGUCCUGCUGCUUUUAUGAUACAAUACGUCAUUGUUGUCAUCACUGGCUUUUCUCUGAAACCUCAAAAAUACUUUAUCCUUUCAUGUUUUUGUUUUUUGAAUAGAUUGUGAACCUAUGUAUUACCUAGUGGAUAAUGACAAGUUCAAACUGCUUUGAGUAUUUUCAGUGAUAGCAGAUAUUGCAGUUAUAAUAUAAUCUGUUUUUCUUUUCUUUUUGUAAAUGUUUAUAUUGUCUUGUAAUUUCACCAUGUAUUGAAUUCAGUCAAUACAUCUUUUUUUCUUCUUCAUUUCUCACAGGCAGUUAAUUUUCUAUAAUGUUUCUGCUAACAAUUCAAAUGGGUGUUAUAGUGAUGACAUGGCAGUGCAAUGAAAAUAUGAACAAGUAACUCACACAGCUGAGCGUGAUACCAGGUGCAUAGAGCAAACAAUAUACUUAUUAAAUAUAAGAAAAAUAUUGAUGCUUUCAAAAAUGUUAUGGAUCUAUUUAUCCACUUUGUUUUGAGACACUGGUAAAUAGAUCCAUUGAAAUGUUGGAAGCAUCAAGAUUACCAGUGUGCUAGAGUUUAUUGUUUUGAAUGCAAUAAAAAAAAAAACACUU